UUUACAGCUUUCAUUGAAGCAGCGUUGUUUAGUUUUUGAGAGGCGCCAGUGUUUUAUGGACGUUAUAUUCACUAGCGGAACGACGGCGUGACGUGUCUGUGCACAUAAAUUGGAUUAGCGCGGUGUAAAACCACCUGGGUGUGGAGCUGCUUCGUUAGCUGUGCUAACAGGUUGUUAGCAUUAUUUCGCAGAUAAGUGGAUUUCUAACUCUGACAAGCUUCCAGACAAACGUCAACUACACGACCAACUACCCACGACCACGGGAAAUGUGGUAGACUUGCUCGAGUGCUGUUGUUGAGUAUUUUGGUUUAUUUGUUCAGUUAUAGCGUUUAUUUUGUAGUGACAGUCGUUUUAAAACAUGGAUAGCUGUGGACAGCACACUGAUUUCACUGGACGUGAAAGUAAAUCUCAAAAGAAGAAGGGCAUUUCAUCCCACCACAGCACCGCCUGCUAUGAUGGAGAACGUAAACCAAAGUUUCACUUAAACUUUAGAAAUCUCACAGAUGAUAUGCUGGACCGAUUUGCCAGUAUUCGGAUACCAGGCAGCAAAAAGGAGCGCCCACCCUUAUCACAUGGUAAACACAGCUCUGGUGAUUGGUCCCUUUCUUCAGCCUCCACAUCACCUCAGCUUGAGGAGCUUUCAUCAAAGAUUACAUCAGAAAAAGAGAUCCUGGCUCUGUUUGAAAAGAUGAUGGAGGACAUGAAUUUGAAUGAAGAAAGAAAAGCUCCUUUGAGAGAAAAAGACCUCAACAUGAAGAGAGAAAUGGUCAUCCAGUAUAUUUUUACUGCCUCUAAAACGGGUAGCUUGAGAAGCAGCUACCAGAUAUCCCCCCAGGAGUUCCUGGCAGAACUUAAGUCAGGAGUCAUGGAAGAACGUCUGUUUGCCUGUCUCGACUCAUUGCGAGUGUCUCUUACAAGCAACCCUGUCAGUUGGGUGCAGAGCUUCGGGCAUGAGGGUCUUGGACUGUUGCUGGACAUAUUGGAGAGGCUUCUGUUCAGAAAACAACAAGAGAAGAUUGAUAGAAAGAAUCAACAUAAAGUUAUCCAGUGUCUUAAAGCCUUCAUGAACAAUAAGUAUGGCUUGGAGCGAAUACUUGGGGAGGAGAAGAGUCUUGCCUUACUGGCCAGAGCCAUUGAUCCCACCCAAUCUGCCAUGAUGACUGAUGUUGUAAAAUUACUGUCAGCCAUCUGCAUUGUGGGAGAAGAGAAUAUUUUGGAGAAGGUCCUUGAAGCCAUUACCACAGCUGGGGAUUGGCAGGUUGUUGAGAGGUUUAGUCCCAUUGUUCAGGGGUUACGCGAUCACUCAGUUCAGUUACAAGUGGCAUGUAUGCAGCUCAUCAAUGCCCUGGUAACAUCUCCUGAUGAGCUGGACUUCAGGCUUCACAUCAGGAAUGAAUUUAUGCGCUGUGGGCUGAAAGAGAUACUGCCACAACUCAUCAUCAUCAGGAAUGAGGCUCUUAACAUUCAGCUAAAGGUGUUUGAUGAGCACAAAGAGGAGGACAUGUUGGAGUUUUCUCACAGAUUGGAGGACAUCAAGAGCGAGCUGGAUGAUGCAGAGGACGUGUUUAAUAUUGUGCAGAGCAUGGUGAAGGACACCAGUGCAGAACCCUAUUUUCUUUCUGUGCUGCAGCACCUCAUGCUUAUACGCAAUGACUACUUUGUCAGGCCUCAGUACUUUAAGAUCAUUGAGGAGUGUGUUUCUCAAAUUGUUCUACACCGUGAUGGGACUGAUCCGGACUUCAGUUACCGCAAGCGUUUAGAUGUGGACUUCAGACAUCUUAUUGAAGUGUGUGUGGAUAAAGCUCGGCUUGACGAGUACGAGCAAAGAGCUUCAGAACUGGCACAGAAGUUUGAUGAAGAAUUUCUACGCAGACAAGAGGCACAAGCCCAGCUUGUUAAGUGUGAAGAAAAUAUUGCAGAGCUCCAAGUAGAGCUUCAGGCCUUCAGAUCCCAGUUUGGAGCUGUAAGUGUCACUGUACCCCAUGCCCCAACCGGACAAACUAAGACAUCAGCACCUCCACAGCCUAGAUCAGGUCCUGGAGUGGCAGCACUACCUCCUCCUCCACCACCACCACCAUUGCCUGGCUGUCCUGCUCCACCUCCUCCACCUGGGCCGCCUCCUCCAUUUGGUGCCCCUCCUCCAGGGUUUGGAGGUUGUGCGAGCUCCCCCACCCAACAGCCACUGCCUUACGGCAUCAGGCCCAAGAAGGAAUUCAAACCUGACAUUUCAAUGAAGCGUCUCAACUGGUCUAAGAUUCGUCCCCAAGAAAUGUUGGAGGGCUGUUUCUGGGUCAUCGCUGAUGAGGACAGAUAUGCAAAACCAGAGCUGCUCAGCAGGCUGGCUGUCACCUUUGCAUCACAAAGAACAGUCUCCUCUUCUUCUUUGCAGAUGGGCAGUGUAAAGCGGCUGCGUCCUCGCCUCAGUCACAUCCUCUUCAGGCUGCAGUUUGAGGAGCAAGUGAACAAUUUACGGCCAGACAUCCUGGCUGUUGAUGCUGCCUGCGAUGAAGUCAAGAAGAGUCGCGCCUUUGGUCAACUACUUGAACUGGUGCUACUUCUGGGAAACUACAUGAAUACUGGCUCUCGAAAUGCUCUUUCUUAUGGCUUCGACUUGAGUUCCCUCUGCAAGUUGAAGGAUACCAAGUCAGCGGACCAGAAGACCACACUGCUCCUUUUCCUAGCACAGGUGUGUGAGGAGGACUACCCACAUGUAAUCAAAUUUGUUGAUGAUUUUGAACAUGUGGACCAAGCCAGCAGAGUGUCUGCAGAGAAUCUUGAGAAGAGCCUCAGGCAGAUGGAGAGGCAGCUGCUACAGCUGGAGAGAGACCUGGAGACUUUUUCCUCCCCUGAUGACCCCAGUGACAUGUUUUUCACCAAAAUGGCUAGCUUCUGGCAGAGUGCACGAGAGCAGUAUGGGAAGCUGGUCAUUAUGCACAACAACAUGGAGACACUGUAUCAGAACCUUUUAGAGUACUUUGCUGUUGACCCCAAGAAGACCUCUGUGGAAGAACUGUUCACUGAUCUCAGCAACUUCCGCACCAUGUUCAUUCAAGCGCUGAAGGAGAACCUCAGGCGGAGAGAAUCUGAGGAGAAACAGAGGAGAGCAUGGGCAGCAAAGGAGAAAGCUGAGCGUGAAAAACUGGAGAGACAUCAGAAAAAGAGAAAGCUCCUGGAAGUCAGUGCAGAGAAUGACGAGACAGGAGUGAUGGAUUGUUUGCUGGAAGCCCUACAGUCAGGAGCUGCAUUCAGAGAUCGCAGAAAGAGAGCACCACGACCCAAAGAAAACCAACAAAAGACCCUCAGCCCCAGCUCCUUCCGCCAGGUUCUGAGGCCUGUUAACCACGAAAACAAGGUGCCUUUACAAACGUCUCGCUCCCGGCAGAAAGCAAAUGUGGAUUCACUGGUUUCAAAGCCAUCCCAUGUGAAGGAGACCCAUUAUGAGACCGAAGCACAUCAGUCUGCUGCCUGUUUGGAGUCAGACCGUAGGUGCAAACGCUCCCCGGUUCGCAGCUCCGGGCAGGAGAAGAGAGUUGCAAAGGAGGAGAUGGCCAAAGUGAGCGAGAAAGAGAUGAAGUUUGAAACUCCGACUGACUCUGCAGUCAGCAGCUGUAGUGCUAACGGGGAGGCUGACCUCGAAACUCUGUUGGCCAAACUCAGAGCUCUGUGAAAUAAGACACGUUCAUUUUACGCUCAUACACCAAGUAAAUCAAUACGUACAAAUGAAACAUUGAUAAGGAAACACAUUAGUUUGUUUUGUGAAAAUCUGCAAUUUACUGAACACUGUAAAGUCCAUUCUGUCGCUUAUGGACAUGUUUAAAGUCAAAUGAAGUUUAGAAUAUCGUCAGCAUCCUAAAGUUCAAAAGAGAUCUUUAAUAUCUGAACCAGACACUGUCAAAAAUAUGGAUAUGAUUGAGGAAACCACAUAAUGGUAUGUCACAUAACCCAUAGUAUUGUCUUGUUCUACAGUUAAUGCAACCUGCAUAAUUGUACAGACUUUUGUUGAAGUUCAGCUUUUGAAAAUUCUUUUUUGAUUGCUCACAUGAGGAUGAACCCUACUUGUUGAACGAGAGGUGAGACCACUUUGAGUGGACAGUAAAGUUUUGUUGUACACAGACAUACUGACUGCUUUUGUAUCCUGUAGUUUGCAGCCAGUAAAACUGAAAGGGAUCAUUUGAUACUGUCAUUGUAUCUUAAUUUGUCUUCUUGAUUUAGUUUUUCAUUGACAAUUAUUAUUUCCAUGCAUUUUAAUAGCCACACCUAUUACAGCUUAUAUAUACAUUCAUUAUUGUUGUAUUGUUUUCCCUCAUUCUUUCCCCUCUUCCAGUUUUCUGUCCUCACGGUGAGAUGUUUUUUGUGUUUGUGUGGUUGUAUUUUGUGUCUUCUAUAAAAAUGUCUCUAAUAUAUAAAUACUAUGAAUAAAUCAAUGCAUUAUAAUUGUUUUAAAAGUUGGUAUUGUAUGAUGAUGUUGGAGGUAUUAGGUUGUCAUUGUUGGUGGACGACCAGAGGAGGUUGUGUGAUGAAUCUGUGCUCCCAGACCAAACCUAAUCUGGUAAAUAAUGAAAACUACACCAAAUAACAAGGAUGAAAAAGGUGACGAGGUUUGUCACAAUAAUAUGUGAUGUA